UCAUUGACGUUAGAAGCUCUUCUUAAGUUAUAAAGACAUAAAAUUCUGGGAAUUGUUUUUUUGAAAAGUUAGGUUAAGGUUGUGUUUAUCAUAUUCAACAUUUCAUUUUUCAUUACAAGACUUGUGAAUAACAUUAAUUUGUAAACAUAGUAGUACAUUCUGUAAAUAGAAUGAAUGAUGAACCACAACAGAAGAAAAGGAAAACAAAAACUGAGAAAGUAUUGCCAAAUAAAAUAAGAAAACAAAAAUCUCCUGAUGUUGAGAUAGUUGAGAUUUCAGAAGAUCCAAUAGUUAUUUCAGACAAUGAGCAAGAGGCUUCUACUUCUAAAGCACCUAAGAAAAGAAAAUUGGCCAAGGCUAAUGAUGGAGUUCCAACUGCUGAUGAUGAGGUACCAUCUACUUCGAAAAAAUCCAAGAGAACGGUAACAAAGUUGAGGAAAGCCGUAAUUGAAGACGACACUACGAAUGUGGAAUCUUUUGGACACUACAAAUGCAAGGAGUAUGAUCCCUUAUGGAAAGACCACGAACUUCUAGCAGAAAAUAAAUCAUUGGGACCACAAAUUGCUAAAAACAUUAUUAAACUGCUGAUGGAUGGAAAUACUAUACCGUUUAUAGCCAGAUAUAGAAGAGAGGCCACUGGUAAUAUGUCACCAGAAAUGUUGAGAGAAGUGAAGUCAGACUUUGAGGAAAUUAUUAGUUUGAAACAUAAAAUCCAGACUGAUUUAAAUACAGUAGAGAAAACUGGCAAAUUGUCUCAACCUCUAGAGAAGGCAAUAAAAUCGUCAAGGAGUUUAGAAGAACUUGAAAUUAUCUUUGCUCCUUACAAACCAGAAUCUAAGGGAACAUUAGCUCAGAGAGCAAAGGAUAUGGGUUUAGAGAAACCUGCUUUGAACCUUCUCUAUAAUUCAGAAAGAGUUGAUUUGAAUUAUUUCGUCAACACAUCAAAAGAAUUGAAAACGAUUACAGACGUUGAAAAAGGUGUUGUACACAUUAUUGCGCAUGUUAUUUCAACUGAUACAGAUAUGCUGUCAUUUUUGAGAAAAUUUCGAAAGGAGGUUCAUUUCACUUUGGAAAGCAAAAAAGUACAGACCAAGAAAAAAUUGAAAAUAAUUUCAAACGACAUGAAGAAGCAACUAGGCAAAACUCAAGUAGACGAAUCAAAAUUUGAAAAUUACUUUGAUUUCAAAGUUUCUGUAAGGAACAUGAAACCUCAUCAGGUGUUGGCGAUAAAUAGAGGAGAACAUCAAAAAGUUUUGUCUGUCAAGAUCGUGACACCAGAUAUCGUUUUUCACAAAUUUAAUCAGUUUUGUUCCCAGAAAUGGGUAAAACAAGGUGACUUCAAUCACAAUAGAAAGAGAAUUCUGGAUGAAGCUGUAAAAGACUCUUAUAAUAGAUUAGUACAACCAUUUAUAAUAAGAGAAAUCAGGGCUGAGCUCAGAAAUAUGGCAGAAAAGGCUUCAUAUGAGGUUUUCAGUAAAAAUUUGAAACACCUUUUACUUGCUGGACCUGUAAAAGGACAACCAAUCUUGGGCAUUGAUCCUGGUUACUCAAAGGGAUGUAAAGUAGCUUUGGUAUCUCCUCUGGGGUCUGUUUUAGCAAGCGAUGUUAUUUAUCCUCACAAACCACACCAUGAUACGGUUGCUUCGAGAGACAUUUUGAGAUAUAUGCUGCAGAAUCAUAAUUGUUCUCUCAUUGCUCUCGGCAAUGGAACAGCGUGCCGCGAGACGGAAGAAUGGUUGACACAACUGAUAAAGAACAACGAGUUCAACAUUCCAAAUGUGAAGUAUACGAUUGUGAAUGAGGACGGAGCAUCGAUUUACUCCUGCAGUCCUGAAGCUAAGAAAGAGUUCCCUUAUUUGGACACGAACAUCAUUAGUGCUAUUUCUCUAGCCAGACGGGUGCAAGACCCGUUAUCAGAAUUGGUGAAAGUUGAACCCAAACAUUUGGGAGUUGGGAUGUAUCAGCACGACCUUAAAAAGAAAUCUCUAGAGGAAGCCCUUGACGAAGUUGUCUCGGAAUGUGUUAGUUUUGUUGGAGUAGAUUUGAACACAGCCUCGCAGUGUCUUCUAAGACGUAUUGCCGGUCUUUCUGACAAAAGGGCCACCCAAAUCGUCGAACAUAGAGAAAAAAAUGGUCCUUUCAUGUCUCGCAAGCAACUUACUGAAGUUUCUGGUAUUGGACCCAAAACAUUUGAACAGUGCGCAGGUUUCUUGAGGGUGGGCCCCACUGAUAACACACAAGCUUCCAACUUUUAUAAGUCACCUAAAACUACUAAACUUGAUUGCACGUAUAUCCAUCCAGAGUCAUACAGUAUUGCAAAAAAGUUGAUAAAAAAAUUAAAGCUGAAAGUUGAUGAUAUAGGUGAAAGUCCAUUCAUUACAUCCGUGAAAUCCUUCUCAAACUUCAAUAUAACAGACCUGAUUGAGGAACUCAAUUCGCCUAAAGAGACCCUUCAGCUGAUUCUUGAUGCUCUUUCAAAACCUUUGAACUAUGACCUGCGUUCCGAGGUACCUCAAAUAGAGCUGUUUCGAUCAGGACUUAAGAGUAUGGAAGAUAUCUCUCUUGGAAGUGAAGUUAGUGGAAGAGUGAAGAAUGUCACUCACUUUGGCUGUUUUGUGGAUAUUGGAGUCGGUAGGGACGCUUUGAUACAUAUUAGUAAAUUAGGAGGUUUCAACCUGCAAGUUGGUGAUAGGGUGGUAGCUGAGGUAUGUGCCUUGGAAUUGCAUAGGCAAAGGAUCGGCUUGAAACCGUUAAAGAAAGGAGGAGAUGAGUAGAUCUCUUUAUUACUUGACGUUCCUGAUAUAUGAAGUGAUACCUGUCUUCAUGACAAGAUAAUGUCAUGGAAUCUACAUGAAAAUAUCAAGCCUGGUUUUUCAGGUUGUCCAGUUUCUUUCAAAAUAUUUGUGUUCAGUUCUGAAUACAGUGUUUGACAAAUAAAUAAAAAUUUCCCUACUACCAUUUCAAGGAGGAACUAAAUUAACUGAAACAAUAUUUUGAGACUUUCAGUGAAUACCUUUUCAGUUAUCAUCAAUGAUUUUUUUGAAUCUCAGGAUUUUAGGAAUCAUUUCUUAGUUUAUUUCAAAGAAUUUUUCAUUUCCGAACAUUACAAUUUUAUGAAAUACAUAAGCGAUUCAGUGACUUAUUAUUGAUUACAAAAGAAUAUAUUUAAUGCCAAUUUUUAAUUUUGAAUACCUCCAAUCAAUUUUUAUACUGAAAACUAAUAUAAACUAUUAUACAGUAUUUUUUACAUAAUUUUUUCACUAGCUAAUAAAGUUGCUCUGAUAUGAGUGGUUUUACCAGAAAAUAGACUCAACAGAACUUUGUUGACAAAUAAAUGCCUGAUACUUUAUUUUUGAAA